AAUACGUUAGCUAGAAGGGGGACAAGGGGGCUCUGGAAGCGUCGCGACGCCUGUAGCUGAGAGGAUAGCAGCAGCUCCUGAUCGCCAACGGCCACAGCUAUCGCAUAAUCUUUUCCUUUUCUUCGUGAGAGAGUCCCAACCAAAAAACCAAUCACCAUGGACGCGAUCAAGAAGAAGAUGCAAGCCAUGAAGCUUGAAAAAGACAAUGCUGCCGACAAAGCCGACGCGAUGGAAGGACAGGCCAAGGAUGCCAACCUCCGCGCCGAAAAGGUCAACGAGGAGGUCCGCGAGUUGGGAAAGAAGUUGCAGCAGGUCGAGGAAGAUCUCACCCUCAACAAGAACAAGUUGGACCAAGCCAACAAGGAUCUUGACGAGAAGGAGAAGGCCCUCACCAACGCUGAAUCUGAAGUAGCUUCCCUCAACCGUAAAGUCCAACUCAUUGAAGAGGAUUUGGAACGCUCUGAGGAACGUCUUACCACCGCCACCACCAAGCUCGCUGAAGCCUCCCAAGCUGCCGACGAAAGCUCACGUAUGUGCAAAGUAUUGGAGAACCGUUCCCAACAAGACGAGGAACGCAUGGACCAACUGACCAACCAACUGAAGGAAGCCCGCAUGCUCGCCGAAGACGCCGACAACAAGUCCGACGAAGUUUCCCGCAAGCUGGCCUUCGUUGAAGACGAGUUGGAGGUAGCCGAAGAUCGUGUCAAGGGUGGUGACGCCAAGAUCAUGGAGCUCGAGGAAGAGUUGAAGGUCGUCGGUAACUCCCUGAAGUCUCUGGAGGUGUCCGAGGAGAAGGCCAACCAGAGAGUCGAGGAAUUCAAGAAGCAACUGAAGACCCUCACCGUCAAGCUAAAGGAAGCCGAGGCUCGCGCCGAGUUCGCCGAGAAGACCGUCAAGAAGUUGCAGAAGGAAGUCGACAGACUGGAAGACGAACUUGGAAUCAACAAGGACAGAUACAAGUCUUUGGCCGACGAGAUGGACUCCACCUUCGCCGAAUUGGCCGGCUAUUAAACAUAAAGUCAUUAAAGUUAAUUUCUUUUUGCUGCUGCUGCCAAGCUGUAUCUAUCUAUCUGUCUAAUCCAAAACUACAACUACCAUUUUUAUUAUGAUUUAUUAUCAAAAUUAUUUCCCACAAAACGCGUUUGUUUCGAUCAAAGCAAACAGUAAAUAAAUAAACAAAACAACAACAACAAC